CACUUCCGCUUUUAUGCUUGUUUUCGGCUUCCACAAAUCCACGUGUGUUAAGAGUGAUGCCAGUGAUCAACAGCAAAAAAGAGCAGGGAAAGGAUGUGGCCGUACAGGGGACCAAUGACAGCAGUGUGGUCAGUAAAGUGUCAGCAGCUGCACAGGGUUACUUCAAUGAUCAGUUCCUGAAGCAUUUUGUGUGCAAGGUGUCAAGAAGAGCUCCACUGAUCAACAGAGGUUAUUAUGUACGCAUGAAAGCAGUCGAUCACUGUGUGAAGCAGUUUUUUUAUGCCACAGAAUCAUGCUUGAGGAGGCAGAUUCUGUCGCUAGGGGCAGGGUUUGACUCCCUGUUUUUCCGACUAUAUGUGGAAGGAGCUCUUAAAAGCGUCACGGUUUUUGAGGUUGACUUCCCAGAAGUUGCCCAACGCAAGGCUGCCUUGAUCAGUAGCAAUGUUUGCCUGAUGGAUGCGUUGCCAGAUUGGGAGUCUGUCUCACCUCAACAGACUAAUGGUGUGUUCAUCAGAAGUGGUCAUUACAAUCUUCUGGGUGUGGAUGUCAGGAAGGAGCAGGAAGUGGAGGCGACUCUGAACAAAGCUGGACUGCAGAGGGAUGUUCCCACACUUGUUCUUUCAGAGGUGGUGCUGACCUACAUGGAAACCCAGUGGUCAGAUGCUGUGAUCGGCUGGGCUGCCAAGCUCCUCCCACAAUCUUUGUUUGUGAUGUACGAGCAGAUCCACCCCGAUGACCCUUUUGGCCAGGUCAUGCAAAAUCACUUCCUGAAGCUUAACUCAACUAUACACGCACUCAAACAGUAUCCAGACAGCAAUGCUCAGACUCAAAGAUUCAUACAGCAGGGUUGGGAGAAAUGUGUCUGUCUGGACAUGAAUGAGUUUUACCUUGAUCUUCUUCGUGAGGAUGAGAAACAGAGAGUCGAGGGACUGGAACCUUUUGAUGAGUUUGAAGAAUGGCACCAGAAAUGUUCUCAUUACUUCAUCCUUACUGCCUCAAAAGGCUCUAUGACCAGUCAAGCCCUUCUCACACUACCAAAAGUGCCGUCUAUCCCUCGCAUGACUCCUCAGUGGCUCAGGAAUCCUCUGUCUGUGAAGCCGGUGAGUGGCUCUGCAUGUGUGGAGGCUGUAGGUAUGGCCUCUGCUGUGCUGGGAUCUGGGCUAAUCCUUCUUACUGGAGGCAGUGGAAGAGCAGGAAGAGACACAGCAGCCAGGGUCCUGAUCAAAGAGCAAGCUGGCUGGAAAUGUGCCAGCGUGUACCCUCAGGGAGACAGAGUGGUGAGUGUUUAUCAGACACUGACCCCUGUACCUGGUGGAGGAGCUGUCCUGCUCGGCGGCAGAACUUCUCCACUCAAUCCAGUAGGCAGUGUUGUGUCGGUGACCUUUGACCUUGGUGAUCAGCCAUCUCAAAGCACAGUACAACUGUCAUUUAAAAACAUGGUUUGUACCGGCAUUGGUCCAAAACCCAGAUGGCGCCACACAUCAACCUGCAUAAGUCAUGGAGACAAGACCUUUCUUUUUGUGUUUGGAGGACGUACUGAGAAAGAUACGGUUCUAGGUGAUGCACAUUUUCUGUGUUUGGAGAACAAGCACUGGACCGAGAUUCCCGUUGAUGGUAUCAUCCCAGAAGCCCUUCAUUCACAUUCAGCAUGUCCCUAUAGAGGGGGGCUUGUGGUAUUUGGAGGUUUAGGUAAAAGUGGAAGACCUCUCAGUGAUGCUUUCCACCUGAGACCCACAUCUUCAGGUUUCUGCUGGGAGAAAAUUAUUUUACAUCCAUCCCCAGUGCCCAGAUACUCUCACUCGGCUCAUGUAAUCAAUGAAAAUUUGGUUGUGGUUGGUGGAGUUUGGCUUCAAACUGAUGGAGUACCAGGAGUUGCUGUAAUAAAUUUGACUACUGGGGCUUGCGUGGAGAUACAGCUGGAUACUUCAGCUGUGCCUUGGCCUCUUAUGCUGCAUUCAUUCUGCUCUGAGCUGCUGGAUUCUGAGGGGUCCGAAUUGAUGCUCAUUGGUGGAGGUGGAAACUGUUUCUCAUUCGGCACUCACCUUAAUCUCCACCCUGUAACUCUGGAUCUAAGGCCAAUCCUCUAAUAUGCAUAUGAGAUAAAAGUGUGUGCACAACAUUGUGAAUAACUAUCGUGGAGAAAAAUUACAAUCAAACUACAGACAAAUAUGCUGCUGAGUGAGUCGCCAGCAAAACUUUAUUUCAGCUGGGACUUCAGAUGAAGCCACAGAGAAUUAGCCCAAAUAUUAUGGGGCAGGGACAAGAGCGGGUCAUGCAAUAUGACCGCUAAAAGCCCGAGAUCACUCGGUGAAGCGUCUGAAGGACUGCACGGUUGGACAGACUGCGCCCCACUCCACUGGUUUGCGGUAGUUGCCCUUUUCCAGGAAGUACUGGUGGCCGCGGUAGUUGGGAUGUUCGUAAAAAAUCCAGUAGCCAUCCAGAACUUUGCAGGAAUGGACCUCUCUCAGGCGAUAUCUCUCCGGCACAGAUGGACAGUCAUCCACAGCCUCUAUGGCCUGGCCUGUGAAAUCGGGCUUGUCGUACAAUUGAACUUUGUACUGCAUUCCACUUGUCUGCAGAGGAAGUGGGACAAAUGAGUUGGGCAGGUUAUGGGUUUGGUUAGGAGAAGGGGGAAGAAAAGUUUACUGUAUGUAUGUGGGUCAGAGAGUAGGUAUUGAAGUAAAAGGGGUACAGACUAUGUGAUGAAAUGUACAUCAGCUGCAGCAUGUUUUAUGCGUUUUGUACUGUAAAUCUUUUUAUCUUGUUUACUGUGGAGCAGUCUACAUGAUAAUAUAUAUUAAAAAAAAAGUUUUUUUAUAAAGUUGUGUCAGUAUUAGGGAAGAUCACCUCGAACUAUUUUUCGAAAUUGUAAUGCCUGGCAAUAUUUUAUUUAAUUUAGGAUCUCCAUUGAUUGAUACAAAAUUGGCUUAUACUGUGCAAAAGUGCAGCCUUUCAGUAAGACUAAUUGAAAUAUAGUGGGACGUAUGGAUAUUGAUCCAUUGACUAAAGCUUUCAAGUCUAAUUAGGUUAACCAGACAGUUACAAAAGAUCUAUGAUUGACCUACCACUAUGUGUAUCAUUACAUGUUUUGAUUGUGUUUUUUUAACCCAGUAAAAUCAAAUGUAAUUCUAGUUAAAAACAGCAUUAUAAAACUGCUUCACAAUUGUCCUAAACCUUGCACUCUGUGCUUUAUUUUAAGGGAUAGUUCACCCAUCAUUUACAUACUGUCAUGUUACAAACCUGUGUAUGACUUUCUUACGUAGGAAAAUGAAUUAUAGCAACUAUCCAAAUCGGAUACUAAACUUCUGGAUUGGAUACUUCAUUUUAACCUGGUUAAAUAAAAGGAACUAAACUGAACAUUAAGGUGAAUAAAUGAUAGCAGAAUUUUUGGUUGAACUACCCUUUAAAAUCUGAGCUUUAGCCUCACCAGGACACAAUGAAUAACACAGGCGAAGUAGACUUACAGAGCGGAUGAUCUUGCAGGAACUGAGAUGGUCAUUGAGUCCCAUCCAGCGCUGAAAUUCAGGAUAUUCCCCCCUGGUCAACACAUACUGGUUACCCAUGUAGUUGGGCCGCUCAUAAACCACCCAGGCGCCAUUCUCCACGCGAAUAGAGUUGCAGCGGCUCAGAUAGGUAUGGAAGU